GCUCUGAUUGGUGCAAGAUGUUCAUGAAAACGGACGUGAAUGAGUAACCCCACGCGCCCACGGUCCAUCUGUGUUUAUGCAUCAACAGAGAGCGCGUGGGGGUUAAAGAAACAAAUCUAUCUUCGUGUUAACGACUCUAAACUUCCUGCUCGCGCGCUGUCUGAAUGUCUGUCGGGUUAUUCCCCGGCACGCGACUCCACACAGUCCAAUUCAAGCGCGCGAGGACACUCUCCCGGCUCUCUUUCUCUCGCGCCUGCUCGCGCGCAGGGCAGUGAGAAGCGCAAUGAUUUAGCGGCUUUUAAUUCAUUUUUCUCACAUUUAGCAUCGCAGCUGUGUUAUUCUACAUGUCGUUUUUGAUCUAUUUUUAUGUUUUACUCACUGGAUUCAGCGGCUUUUUGCACUUUUGAUGAGCCUUUUUUUUAACCAACCGCAUGUUUUAAAUGUCUCAGGUUUUUUUUUUAUUUUACGCACUGUGUAAGUUUGCACGGGUACCGGUUCCCUGCCGAAAUCCGAGAUAUUUGGAGCGAACUGCUUGACUAACCCGGGCCGUGCUAGUGUUAGUGUCCCGGGUUAAAACCGCAGGAUGUUGACCAUAGUUCUCCUGUCUUGCUUCUGUUUGUGGACACGGGGCCAGCGCUUGGACCACGACAGCUCACUGCCAGCAGGGCUGUAAACAUGGAGAGUGUGUGAAACCAGACCAGUGCAAAUGUCACCCAGGAUACACGGGAAAGGCGUGUAACCAAGAUCUGAACGAGUGUGGCGUGAAGCCUCGGCCCUGCAAACACCGCUGCAUGAACACGCCAGGCAGCUACAAGUGUUACUGCGUGGACGGGUACGUGCUGCAGCCGGACGGCAGCUGCAGGAAUACCCAAACCUGUUACCAUGCCAACUGUCAGUAUGGCUGUGAGGUGAUCAAAGGGGCAGUGCGAUGCACCUGUCCAUCGCCAGGGUUACGCCUGGGUCCAGACAGACGCACCUGCGUCGACAUCGACGAGUGUUUCUUGGGUGGAGGCGUGUGUCCUCGUCGCAGAAAGUGCGUGAACACUUUCGGGAGCUUCAUCUGUAAAUGUCACCUGGGCUUCAGACUCGUGUACAUCAACGGGCGGUACACCUGUAUCGAUAAGGACACUCGUCCGUUCUGCUCUCUGAAUCCAUCGUCUCCAAAGUGCAAGUGUAAAGACGGCAGCUGCAAAGCCAUCCCCAAAGUGACGGUAGAACCGCAGAGACCAAGAACUACAACUCCCAUGACCUCCACCAUCAUCACUACCGCUACAUCUCCUCCAACCACCACAACUACUCCCAUCCCAACAACCUCCCUGUCUACAUCCACUGAUGUUAUGACCACCACUCCAACACCUAUAACUGAUACCACUGCUACACCAGUUACUGCCACUACAACAACAACACUUGCUGCUACUACUACAACUGAAAUGGAUACGACAACUCCCACAACGCCUCCUCCGUCCACCACUUCUGCUAUUACUACUCCUAGUACAACAACAAAUGUUACUACCAUCACUGCAAGUUCAACUACACCCACCACUCUGCUAACUACAACCCAGACGACACCUUCUUCUCCUCCUCCUCCAACAACAACAACACCAGCAUUCACUACAGUGCUGCCGAGUACCUCGCUGCAAACCACCACGGUGAACAACAAGAUCAACAAAGACGUGACACAAAAGCAGCGAGGAGACGUGCACAUCCCUCGACAUCCCGGUCACAACCACGUGUGGGAGUUUGACAUCGAGCUGGGAAACAUCGCGGAAGAUGCCAGAGACGAUCCUGAGGUCGGGGAGCUCCGUUGCAGCUUCAAUCACAGACUCUGUGACUGGAUGUCUGACAGUGAGGGAGAUCUACACUGGGAGACGGUUCAAAGUCCUGCAGGUGGGUGGUACCUAUCUGUCCCCGAGCUGAAGGCGGGACAGACAAGCAUCCGUGGUGCUCGACUGGCCAUCCAGGUAGUCCCUUCCUGGAGCCAUGGCGACCUGUGUCUCUCCUUCUCCCAUUGGUUGACGGGGCAUCACGUGGGCGUGCUGCAGCUGUUCGUCAGGAAAAAGGGACGAGACCAAAGGUAUGGCCCCGCCCUCUGGAGUAGGACAGGUGGGCACGGUUGGAGACACACGCAUGUCACCUUGACAACACACUCUCUGGACAGGGUGCUGCUCAAGGUCGAGCGGAGGAUUGGACGAAGAGGACAGAUCGCUGUUGACGAUGUCACUUUGAGACGGGGGCCAUGUCGAUGACACCAAAUAUAGACCUUCAGGUCACAUGAUUUAAAGGACCAAUGUUGCUGCAAUCCCAGCAUCAGGAUUUCUGCCCCCUCAGAGGAAGAGGAAGUUAUGUGGGUUUGUGGUGAAGCCACAGCAGCAGUGCUUCAGUUUAAAUUUUGUGCUGCGUGACAGUAGAAGUUCCUGUUUAUGAGCCGGACUGAAGAUUUGGAAACACUCAGAAUUCAUUUUGGAAAGGUUUCAGAUUUACUUUAACUGUUUACUUUAUAUGUUAAUGAGUGCAAAGAUUUAUUAUCAUUAAUUAUCAUUUAUAAUCAAUGUAGUAAAAGUAACAUAUCGUUACAAAGAUUUACAACUUCACACUGAUUUCACUGAUUUGUACAAGGAUUUCGAUUCAUAGAAAUACUGCAGUGAGAGUGUAAUAAAUAUUUAGGUCCAUAUUUUUUUGUUUCACUGUAACGUUGUAAUAAACUUUAUCGAUCAUAUAAAUCAUGAGUGAGAAAUCAUUCUAAAUAUUCUGUGUUGGGAGACAGAUGCAACUUCACAUGCAGGAAGAGAGGAUGAGGAGGGCAGAGAUUUGCCUGGUGAGCAUCUGCUUCAGAGGGCGCACACAAAGAGAUGGGUGGAGCAGCCAGAAAGCUGAUUGCUAC